GUGUAGUCGUGUUCAAAUUUAAAACCUGCUAGACGUGAAACGUCCAAACGUUAUAAGGCAAUACGGUGCUAGAGUGUUAAUAGAAAGUUAUUUUGUUUUUUCCUCGUUUUUCAAGUAGCUGCAUUGACAGAGACACAGAAUGAGUGUCUCAAUUACAAAUGAUGAGAAUUUUGGAAUUGACCUGUCAAACAACCAUUGCAGUUUGGAUUCGUGCGAGAUUCUCUUUCCUCAGCAGCAAACCGGAAGACCAUCAAUACUACGUCCUUCCCAAAAGGAGAACAUGCUCCCAAAAAAUGUACCCAAAUUCACAAAGGUAAGCUUUCAGACUCCUUUGAGAGAUCCUGUUUCCCACAAAAUUGUGUCUCCCUCUUUCUGUGGAAGAUUUGAUGGUUCUUUUGACGUAGAUGACUGCACCAAGGCCAUGCAGUUACUAAAAAUUCACACAGAUGACACUCUGAAUGUUGACAGACAAAAUGAAGCAGGGAAAUCUAUUCCAGGUAUAUCUGGUGAUGAUGCGUUAUCUACUGACAAAGAGAAUGGAGACAAGUCAGAUGUUGACAACCAUCUGCUUUUGGAUAUACCUGCUAUUCAACCUUGUGAUUUAAACAUCACAGCUGAAAAUGGGCAAGAUGCCAAGCAAUUUAGCCAAGAGAGUGUGGCGGAUAAACCGUACCUAGAAGAUACAAUUCUUUUUGCUCCAUCAAUUGACGAUUUUGUUCCACAGGUAGAACAGCAGCCUGAGUCUGUCACUUUUCUUAAAAAUACUAAUUUUGAAGAAAGUGUGGUCAUAGUUAAAUGUGAUUCUUCAAGCACUGUUUCAUCCCAAGAUGUAACAAUUGCUUCCUGUCCCUCACAAGAACUAGACAAAACAGAGGUUCCUGACUUGCCAUCUUCAUCCAUUACUCUAUGUGAGUCUCCAUUAAUAAAAGGUACCUACACUUUAAAUUUUGAUGAUCUUGAUUCAGUUAAUCCUUUCAAAAGUGCUGGUUCAAAGAUUCAGAAUUCUCCUGUUGUUGCCACUAAGCCCCCACUAGAUGUUUCUGAGCCAGUCAAUGACAUCCCUUUAAAUCUGAAGAGCAUGGAAUCUGAAACUGUUGAAUCCGAGGGAAUCUCUGUGGGCCUGGAUUCAAGCGAGUUCUCAAAAAUGGCUCCGCCUCCAAAGGAUGAGCCUGUAAAGUUGGAAUUUAACUUUGAUGAUGGAAAAAAGGCUACAAGGAAACCACCUCCAAUGAAACUUGGUAAAAGACCACCAGGCGCCAAAGUACCAGUCACAACUCGAGUGGCACCAGCACAAAAGAAUUGCUGCAAACCCAGCGUAGAAGCUGAGAAAAUGGCCGAAGACGUUCCCUUACCAAAAGCCUCAUACAGCCUUGACAUGGAUAAACUGGAUGAUCCAAACUUUAACCCGUUUGGCUCUGGUGUAAAAAUAGGCAAUUCUCCAAAGCUGCCAGUUAACUGCAGCAACAAGAUUGAAGCAGCUAAUUCUUCCAAAGUCCCUGAGACUGCCAUAAUGGAGAAAACUGUAAAUGAUGUACUAACUACAGAAAUUUUGAAUGGGCCAGAUGGGACAAAGUCAUCUGUGACACCAACCAGGGAUCUGUCAAAGUUGUCGAGUAGCUGUUCCAACAAUGGGGGAGAUCUAUUGAUGGUGAAAGCUGCAGAUCCGAACAAACCGGUAUCUUUGGACAACACUAUAAAUUGCACUCUGACUGGACUUGAUAUCACAAGAGAUGAAGCUUUUUUGUCACCUUCAAAAUUUUCUGGUUUUACAGAGCCAAUUGACUAUCUGGAACAAUUUGGCACAUCUACGUUUGCAGAGUCUGCUUUAAGAAAGCAAUCCUUGUAUUUGAAGUUUGACCCCCUUCUGAGGGACAGUCCUCAUAAAUCCAUUUCCCAGCCUGCUUCUUGGAGUGGCGGUUCUCUGCCGUUCUCUGUUCUCCCCAGGUGUGUUGAGGAACAAGAACCAAUUUCUAAAAUUGAAAGUACCCAAACUCUGAAACCUUCUACUACAUUGAAUAUUUUUGAGUCAUUAUCAGUGGAGCAGACACUGCCAGUUUCUAGUGCUCCAAGUUUGCCUACUGUGCCUAAUGAUUUUCCACUGGCUACAGAGAAUGCAAUUUGUGAUAUUUUGCAAUAUACCCAGAAAGACCUGGAUUCUGCCAUUGAAAAUGUAAAGCAUGAGAUGAGGGAGAAGGACAAUGAAGUUUCUAUGUGGCAAGAGAAGUAUAAUCAGCUAAAUACGGAUUAUUCUCAAAUGGUGAAAAUUGUGACAGAAUUUGAAGCAACUUUGGCAAGAGUAUUGGAUGAUGGUGAAAAGCAAAAAGCAGCUGCUCAAUUAGAAAUACAAAAACUUGCAGAAGAGAAACAGCAAGUGUUGGCUGACUUGAGUUCAAUGGAGAAAUCUUUCUCUGAGCUUUUUAAGAGAUUUGAGAAGCAAAAGGAAGCAAUAGAAGGUUAUAAAAAGAAUGAAGACACAUUAAAAAAAUGUGCACAAGACUACUUGGCUAGGAUCAAGAAAGAAGAGCAGAGAUACCAAGCUCUUAAAGCUCAUGCAGAAGAAAAAAUUAAUUUUGCAAAUGAGGAGAUCGCUCAAGUAAGAGGCAAGUUUAAGGCCGAGAUUGCUGCUUUGCAAGCAACCCUCCGUCGUGAGCAAGUAAAAAUCCAGUCGCUUGAAAGAAGCCUUGAGCAAAAGACAAAAGAAAAUGAAGAGCUAACCAAGCUUUGUGAUGAGCUCAUCAUGAAUGUUCAGAAAAAUGGAAGAGAGAAAUAAAUGCCUUUUUAAGAUUUUUAAUUUUGAAAAGUUUUUCUGUAAAUAGUGUUUAAAUUUUUGUUAAUCUAAUAAAUAUUAUCAAGCAUUUCAUCUA